CAGCGCACAGAGCCUCUCGCUUUACGGAGCCUGCUUGCAAUUCCUGAUCUUCGUGCCAGAGCCUGCAGCUGUCUCUGUUCGCCCCGCUGCCGCUGCUGUGGGAAGUCGAGGCUCCGCAAACCAUUUCCCCCUUGAGGUGUCAGUGCAAACCUGAAGGAUAUCGCAACUUUUAAACAAUUUCCAACAGUUAGGAGACUGAACGAUGACACCUGACAGCUCGUAACGUACCAUCCGCGUGUUGACUGAAAUAUUUGCAACUGUUAAGGCUAUAGGAAUGUGGAAAACAAGUCUAACUCAGCGUAAAAGGACCUUCCUCUGCCCCUGACACCAUGACCACGGACCUGAACUUGACCUCCCUGAUGAAUGUAUCAGAUAUCCACAAUCACACAAGAGGAUGUUCCCUCACCAAAACCGGUUUCCAGUUCUACUACCUGCCCACUGUUUACAUCAUGGUCUUCCUCACAGGGCUGGUGGGCAACAGCCUGGCCAUUUGGAUGUUUGUGUGCCACAUGAGACCCUGGAGCAGCAUCUCCGUCUACAUGUUCAACCUGGCUCUGGCUGAUUUCUGCUACGUCCUCUCUCUGCCCUUCCUCAUCUUCUACUACUUCAACAAAACAGACUGGAUAUUCGGGGAUAUUCUGUGCCGACUGCAGCGUUUCAUUUUCCACGUGAAUCUCUAUGGAAGUAUUCUGUUUCUGACCUGCAUCAGUGUUCACAGGUACACCGGGGUUGUGCACCCGCUUAAGUCUCUGGGCAGACUAAAAAAGAAAAAUGCAGUUAUUACCAGCGCGUUGGUGUGGGUGGUGGUUAUUAUAGCUAUCUCCCCCAUCUUAUAUUAUUCUAGGACUGGCUUGAAGCGUAAUGCCACCACUUGUUAUGACACCACCACUGAAGAUGAGUUACCCGGUUAUUUUAUCUACAGCAUGACUUUGACUGUGUUCGGGUUCUGUAUCCCCUUCCUUAUCAUAUUGUGUUGCUACGGCAUGAUCGUCAACGCAUUAAUAUACAAUGAUAUGAACAACGCUCCCCUGCGGCAGAAAUCUAUCCACCUGGUUAUCAUCGUGCUUGCAGUCUUCGCCGUCUCAUACUUGCCUUUCCAUGUGAUGAAGAACCUCAACAUGAGGGCCAGGCUGUACUUCCAGAGCCCGGACAUGUGUGAUUUUAACAACCGUGUCUACGCCACAUACCAGGUGACACGGGGGCUGGCCAGCCUCAAUAGCUGUGUGGAUCCUAUUCUUUACUUCCUGGCUGGAGAUAACUUCCGGAGAAAGCUGUCACGGGCCACUAAGAAGCCCUCAAGGAAGGGGGACAAUGUCAUCCAGUCCAAGAGCGAGGAGACGGCUCUCAACAGCCUGGCAGAGUAUGUGGAGAAUGGGGACCAGAGGCUGUGAAAACUCACCCCUGUGUACCCGGUUACGGAUGUGGAUCUCUAUUAACUUUAGAAAACCAUGAUGGACUUUGUAUUGAAUACAUGAAUGCACUGUGUGGACUGAAGGCUGUUUAAAACUUAAUGGCUGAUGGUUUAUAGAACUGUAGGAUAAAUACAUUCAUUUAACCCUGUGUUAACCAAUUGCUCGCUUGCAGCCUGUCGAUGAUGAUAAGCUAUUGUACUGUAUUGUCCCGUACACGUAUUGUACUCUAAAUGUCAGAGCCAUCACUCUUUAUUCUUAUCAAAUAGUCUAUAUUACCUAUAUGUCGGACAAAAUGAACAUUAGGAUCAGACAAGCUGCGGGAACUAGGUUUCCCUACAAGCUUCACAGUCCUGUUCAUCAAUUUGUUCUGGAAAAAUAGGACUGAACGGAUGGCACCUCUUAGUCAUCGGGCUGAUACUUAAUCAAUAGCUAUUAAGCAGGUGAGAAUGUGGUUAAGGAAGCAUACCUGCAAUGGCUCUUAGAGAAAAAUUAAAUGCACUGAACCUAAGACUGCUGGAUGUGCCGUGCAGACAUUAUAAUGCACUAUGACCGGGGACUCUCGGCUCAGAGAGCUACCCAUCACUCCUCGUUUAUUUCUCCAUCUAUUACUGACUCGGCGAGGAAUGUGGUCGACUAGUUUUUCAAUUUGACAGCACUGAGUUUAAGGUCUGCAACGGCUCUGUUACCACAAUCUUUCUCUCCUUGUAAACCUGUUCCUUACAGAGAAAAAGAGAAGAUAAUACUUACAGUAUUUUUUGUGUAUAUGAUACUACACUGAAUGUUCUUUGAUGUGUGCUGUACAGGAUGUUGUGACGUUUCAGGCUAGUAUGUGUUGGUAACUCUUCAAGUUGGUACCACCAAUCCAUACCUUUAGUGCAUGAGUCCAGUAUCAAAUACCAUCAGUAAAUAACCACAGUAUCUAAUGUAGUGUUUAUUGCAGUCUAGGGAAUAACAAUGCAUUUUAAAUGAGCAUAAACGAUACACACACUCAAUCAUCUGCUUUGUGACUCCAACAUAUUGAAGACAUGUUUGUAUAAAAUACCUCAAAGUAAAUACUGCACUGUGUCCGUGUUUUGACAGAUAAUCAUUUCUCUUUUACAUCUGUUGUAAUCACUUUGCAGAAAUGAUCGUGGAGCUCUCAGGGUGUGUUUUACCCUGGACUAGGUGUUUGAUGUCUGUACUAAUACUAUUGUAAAUCUGUAAUGUGGUCACCUUUUGUCAAGAAAGGAAGUGAAUCACCUGUACAGGAUAUCUGGGGCCACGUGUAUCUUUGUCAAUAAACUUUUUCUAUAAACUGUGCCAGA